AUGUUGUAUCCCGAACAGAGAUCUAUUAUACAUGAUGUAUCGAAUUUAAUCAUACAUUAUGUGAAGCGGCAGUCCAAUAUCCAUAAAGAAGAGAAGAACAAGAUAAAAACGGAUGCUCCGGAUGACGAGCCGCCGAAGCUGAUUCCAACCGCGCAUUAUCGGCUUGUCUAUGGAGGCAAUUCAUUGUUCUUAUUUUUCCGCGUCCAUCAAAUGAUAUGUGACCGGCUUGGCAAAAUGAAAAUGAAGCAUGCUGAACAAAUGAAGGAUUAUGAGGAAGAGCAAGCAAUCGCUGCUAUGCAGGCGGAGUUGUACAAAAUUCAUGGAAAAGGAUUUGGUAGCCAUGAACUCAACGCUAGUGACACGAAUAACGGAUUAGCCAUAAUAAAA